CACCUACUGCCUCCGUUUGGGCGGUGCGUUCAUCCAUCGAAAACCUACCCGGCGCACGACUACCUGACCCAUAGCCAGGCCCGAAACUGGCCUCAUCCGGCCUGCCGAUGCGAACGCGUCCUAAGCGUACGACAGGCUAGCCCUGAGAUGCGGCAAAGGCUUCCCUCGUACGAAACUUGUUCUACAACCCAAGCAACGUUAACCGCUUCAAUCUACGCAUACGAACAUGAACCAUCACUCACCACGGCGGAAGGAGAGCAAGGAACAAUGGGCAUCAAACCUUCGGCGGCGCGAUACAGUAUGACAUUGGGAAGGCCCCGCCGAGCUGGUUUGAAUGGACAGGAUCGCUCAACUCUCCGCCGUAGAUUCCGCUCGCUGCGGUCGCCAGAGUGCGUGCACGGAGCAUGACAUCAUUGGCCUGAUAAGCAGGGAGUUCCGCGACGGUAGGCGAUAUAAGGGUUCGGCGAACGCAGUGGCCACGACAUCGGUAGUGUUGUUUGGCCGGACUCGCGCGCGAUACGCGGCAGCGGCGGCCCUUCCGUCGUUCACGUCCUGCAUCGAGUGGGAAACGAUACCGUGGUCUAUCCUGCCGGGCGUGCAGCUAGAAGAGAGGAUGGGGGACGCCGUCAACACGCUCUGUGCGUACUCGUUCCUGUCAGGACGCGAGGACGAAGACCUGGCGCCUAGGAUCUGGAUCAGCCAGCGCGGCGAUGUGACGUAUGCGACGGAGAAAGCUGUUUGCCAUAUGGCAGACGUCUUCCCGUCCGACGACUACGCGAACCGCGCCGUGUGGAGAGCGUACCUGCAGCAUGUGCUGCGACUGCUCGAGAACAAGCGGGGUUCUGAUGAUGAGAAGAGGUCUCAGUUGUGUCUGUUGGUGGAACGACGUCUGCGGGUUGAUGGCAGGAUCUGGGAGGCAGUGAGGUGCCUCGACGAAUGUUGCCGAUGGAGAAGCGGGCUUGACGAGGAGGAUUCGGAUCAACUGUUGUCGCAGCACGCGCUCGCAAUAGCAUAUAAAGCAGAAGGUUAGGUGCAGAAGCCGGUGGAGCACGUGAUCGCAGUGAAAGAGAAGGUUCUGAGUCAAUUAACUCGUCGGGAACUUCCUUUAUCCCCACUUAAUUUCGCGAUGCCACCCACAUUUAUGUUAUACGGCUGUCCAGGUCGCAGACUAAAAGAUUAGCAGCAUACCGCCCCGCCUUUAGACCGCCUGUGUCUUCCUCGCCCUUCUUCCGCUUCCUGGUGCUCAUCUGUAGCUUUCAGCAAACUGUGCCGCAUAUCCCACCAGGCAGAUUAAAUAAAGGGGAAAGUCACCUAUUCUUCUAAGUCGUAGCUCUUGUAGUUUACUAGCAUUUUGUUAGCC